CCGCGUGCAUGCUCGGUGAAGAUGGGUGGACGGGGAGAGAGCAUUUUCACCAAGAAACUCCCUUUUAGGUCGAUAAAGCAGGAAAAGGCAGAUUCAGUGUCGGUGCCAGUCGUUGAGUCCGGACUCCACGUUCUUGGAAAGGGAUUAAGCCCAGUGGAAUGUGGGACAAAGAGAGGAGGAGAGAGAGAAUGCCGGUGCAGGAGAUACAUGCGCAAGGGAUCAUCCGUAUGUGGAUCAGCCGCUACUAAUUCUCAGCCGGUGAACGUUGAGCAGGAAGGCAAACGCAGAGAAGUCCCUCCCUUCUCCAUCCAGGUUCCGGUGGAGGAGCUAGAUGUCGGAUAUUACCUGCCGCUCUUUUUCGACGGACUGGUGGAAGUUGAAUUUCCUUAUGAGUUCAUCGCCAGAAAGGGUGUAUUCGAUCUGUUAGAUGCCGCUUCCCCCAAACUCCUUCAACUCCUCCCUACUCUCAUUCCCCCUCUCCGCCGAGCCAUGAACAGCAGGGAUCCGGGAGUAAUGAAAACUGCAUUGAAAGUGAUAGAGAAGAUGGCGACAUCCGGCGACACAGGACAGGGAUUGGUCCCUUACUAUCGCCAUUUUCUGCCUCCUCUCAACCUCUUCAUCUACCGAGACCGGAACCUGGAGGAUGGGAUCGAUUACGGGCAGAAUGUUCGCGAGAGCCUUUCUGCCCUCAUCUGGGAAACCCUGGAAAUCUUAGAACGCACCGGUGGACCAUUGGCCUUCAUCAACAUCAAAUACGUCAUUCCCACCUAUGAAUCUUCCCUCAUCUACUGA